ACCAACAUCAGCUCCAAGGCUGAGGGUUAACUUGUCACACACACUACCUCAUCAAAUGACUCUAAUCUGACGCACUGAGGAGUCAGGGGCUGCAGGUCACAGCAUGGGCAACUCCUCCGGGAAGGAAGAGGAAGAAGAGGGAGAGGAGGGUGGGAAGGAUGGAGAGGAAGCAGAAAUCACAGAGAAGAAGAAGAAGAAGAAGAAGGAAGAAGAGGAGGUGGAGGAUGAACUUCCACUGGGGGUGGAGGAGAUGUUUGAGAGUGGAGAUCCUGUGCUGGACCUGAGUUACAAGAAGUUUAAGCGUCUCCCUCGCCGUGUUUGUGGACUGAAGCAUCUGGAGAAGCUGUAUGCGUGUGGAAACAGCCUGCGCAACCUGCCUGAAAACAUAUCCCAGCUGCGUGGUCUGCGGAUCCUUGCCCUUGACUUCAACAAGAUAGAGGAUGUCCCUAUGGCCGUCUGCCAGCUCACAAACCUCACCCGCCUCUACCUGGGCAGCAACCGUCUGAUGGGCCUUCCACCUGAGGUGAAGAACCUGCAGAAUCUGCGCUGCCUCUGGGUUGAGAGCAACUACUUCCAGAGUUUUCCGCGGGAGCUGUAUGACCUGCCCAAUCUCAAGUCUUUGCAGAUCGGGGAUAACCGGCUGAAGACGCUGCCCCAUGACCUCUGCCGUAUGACAUCUUUGAGGGGGUUAUGGCUCUACGGGAACCGCUUUGAUACCUUCCCCAAAGUCCUGCUGCGCAUGCACGGUUUGGAGAUACUCGAUCUGGACCGUAACAAGAUAUCUGAGUUUCCCAGCUUGAGGCGUCUCAAAGGCCUCUGUUUGUUCUCAUACGAUCACAACCCUGUGGAUGAGCCUCCUCUAGUAAGCGAUGAGGUGCUCGUGGUUGGAGAAGGUGCUGCUGAGUUUUUGGAGGCACGUGAAGCCAGAAAGGAAAGGUUACGAAAAGCGGCAGAGUUAGAAGCCGAAGAGUUAGCACAGGCGGGAGAGGAGCCAGUGAUUCAUGGUAUACUAAAGAACAGUAGCUCCAAACAAACAGCCAACGAAGCUGUGAUGAAUGUAGAGGACGCAGACAUUAAAGGGGAUGACGCAAGGGGGGACGGGGAGGAGAUGUUCCCUGAUUAUGAUGGUGUUGAACUGGAAUACGAUGAAGAGGGAGUUGAGUAUGAGACAGAGGAGCUCAUAUGUGAGGGAGAUGGAUUUGAGUAUGAGGGAGAGGAGCUGGAGUACGACCGGUCUCAGAUGGACUACGAGUACGAGGAGCUGGAAGAGGAAAGAUAAAGGGGCAUGAAAAACCCCCUCAUAGAUCCAGACUCAGACACUCUGCUGGCAGGU